CACCCAAAGACGUCCAGGAAAGCUUUUUCCGGCUUUUGGUCUCCACACGUGCGUCUUCCUCAAAGUUGUGCGGGAGUCCCGCCUGCUCCCCAUUCCUGUUGCGUCUCUGACAUGGAGGAAAUGCUGUCCUUCUGGGAUGUGGCCGUCGAGUUCUCUCCAGAAGAGAGGGAAUGUCUGGAGCCUGCUCAGUGGAAUCUGUACAGGGAUGUGGUGCUGGAGAAUUACAGCCACCUUGAAUUCCUGGGUCUUGUCCUCUCUAAGCCACACCUGGUGACAUUUCUGGAGCAAACACAAGGACCUGGGGAUGGGAAGAGACAAGCAGCAGCCACCGUGCACCCAGGAACAGCAUCCAAUGUUGAUUAUAACUCACUACAUAGUCAAUGCCAGAGAAUUCAUACAAGGGAGAAACCCUACAAGUGUGAAGAAUGUGGUAAGGCCCUUAGUUCUUAUAAAACACUUUCAAUACAUCAGAGACUUCAUACUGGAGGAAAACCCUAUGUGUGUAAAGAAUGUCACAAGGCCUUCAAUACUCACUCAUCACUUUUUAUACACCAGAAAGAUCAUACUGAUGAAAAAACCUACAAGUGUGGAGAAUGUGGCAGAUCAUUUUACUAUCUUUCAAUGCUGAAACAACAUCAAAGGAUUCAUUCUGGGGAGAAACCCUACAAGUGUGAAGAAUGUGGCAAAUCCUUUUGCUAUCCCUCAUUCCUUAAGCAACAUCAAAGAACUCAUUGUGGAGAAAAUCCCUACAAAUGUGAAGAUUGUGGAAGAAGUUUUUCUUGUUCUCUACGACUUCAGGUGCAUCAAAUAAUUCAUUCUGGAGAAAAAACAUACAAGUGUGAAGAAUGUCACAAAGCCUUUCGUUAUCACUCAUCCUAUUGGAGACACAUGAAAGUUCAUAUUGCAGAGAAGUCAUACCAGUGUGAACUGAAUGGAAAAGGGUUUACUAAGCCUGCCUUUCUCUUUGGGAACAAGGCAGCUCAUACUGCAAAGAAAGCCUACAAGUGUGAAGAGUGUGGCAAGUAUUUUUGUUCAUCUUCAUCCCUUAGACGACAUCAAACAAUCCAUUCUGAAGACAAUCCCUACAAGUGUGCAGAGUGUGGCAAAAGGUUUUCCUACUUUGCACACCUUCAAGAACAUCAGACAGUUCAUACUGGAGAGAAACCAUACAAGUGUGAGGAGUGUGGCAAAUGUUUUUCCUCAUCUUCAUCCCUUAAACGACAUCAAACAAUCCAUUCUGAAGACAGUCCCUAUAAGUGUGUAGAAUGUGGCAAAUGGUUUUCCUGUUCCAGGAGUCUUCGGGAACAUCAUGCAAUUCAUACUGGAGAGAAACCAUACAAGUGUGAAGAAUGUCACAAAACCUUUCGUAAAUACUCAACCUUUUGGAAACACAAGAGAGUUCAUACUGCAGAGAAAUCCUACGAGUGUAAAAAGUGUGGGAGCUGUUUUUUCUCAUCUUCAACCCUCAGACGGCAUCAGGCAGUUCACUCGGAAGACUAUCCCUACAAGUGUGAAGAGUGUGGCAGCUGUUUUUACUCAUCCUUGUUCUUCAGACGCCAUCAAAUAAUCCAUUCUGAAGACAGUCCUUAUAAAUGCGGAGAAUGUGGGAAACGCUUUUCCUGUUCCAGGAGUCUUCGGGGACAUCAAGCAAUUCACACUGGAGAGAAACCUUACAAGUGUGAACAGUGUCAUGAAGCCUUUCGUAAUAGCUCAUCCCUUUGGAGACACAAAAAAGUUCAUACUGCAGAGAAAUCAUAGCAUUGUGAAGAGUGUGGCAAAUGUUUUUCUUCCUUUUCAUGCCUUAGAUGACAUCAAACACUCCAUUCUGAAGGUAACCCCUCCAAGUGCGCUGAGUGUGGAAAUGCUUUUCUACUUUGCAUACCUUCAAGAACUUCACUGGAGAGAAACCAUCAAGGGUGAAGAGCUGGUAAAUGAUUUUACUCAUCUUCAUCCCUUAGGUAACAGAGAGAGAGAGAGAGAAUUCAUUCUGAGCACAGUCUCUAAAAGUAUGAGGAAUGUGGCAAAGACUGUUAAUCUUUAUAAGCUUAUUGGACACAUGAUAGUUCAUACUAGAGAGAAAUUCUACAAACGUCUUAAAAGUUUACCCUUCUUCAGCCCAUAAAACACAUAAAAUGAAUCAUUCUGACUAGAAAUUCUGUGAGUGCCGGGAGAAACAAGGGCGGAAAGAGGAGUCAUGAGGAGAGGCCAGCCAGCCAACAAGGAAGCAGGAUGUGUAGAAAAUGAGAUAAUAAGCCAUGAGCCAUGUGACAAAGCAUAGAUAAGGAAUAUGGGUUGAUUUAAAAGUAAGAGUUCUGGGAGACUAUCUCCUAAUUCCCAGUGGGUCUGAUGACCUGGAAUGGGUGUGUAAAGUCAGGUCAGUGACAAAAUUCUGACCAUCUGUUUCAAACAAGUGGCCUGAGCCAUUUUUAUUUUUACAGUUUCAAUAGUUUGCCUAAACAUUUUUUCAAUCUUAUUUAUUCUCUUAAGUUUCUAAUAAUAAUUACAAUACCUGCCAAUUUUUUCCCUCACCUCAUUCCCUUUCCGGCCCCAACCUUCCCACUGCUAAUCAUUACCUAUUUGAUUCAUAGCUUUAAUAUUGGAAGCACAAGCAAUCUAGCAAACAACAGAGGAAGUUUUCUAACUAGGCACACCUACAGGUAGAACAGUGUGUUUAGCUGGCUGCAUUUGUGGUUACAGAAAGAAAAUUUUGCCCCUAGCAGUUAUGUUUCACUCUGGUCAAAUCUAUACUCAUCAUAAUCAACUCAUCAGCGAGGCUGGACCAAUUCGUUCUUCAUUCUGUACUCUAAUAUCUCCUAUAGGGAAUAUACCAGGAGUUUUCCUAUCAUCUUGUAAGCUACAUAACUAAAAAGCUUACUCUUUAUAGCUGGCACUGUUUAUCUCAUGUUCUCAUGUGUUUCUCCUCCCAACUUUCUACAGUAUUGGCACAGCUGUUAAAGACGAGAGCAUUGUGGGUUUCUGUGAUUCUGCUUCGUUCCCUGUUCCUAGACUGUCCCAUUAACCCUUGAUAUCAUCUAUUUAUUAACAUUUCUCUAAGAUUCUUGUGGUUAAAAUCAUUCUAUCUAGAACAGUUAUGCAAAUUUAUAAUAUUGUCCUGAACUUCUGUGACUCUCUCAGGAUAGUCACAAGGUGCAUUUAACAUCCUGUUCUUAAGCCUGAAUUCAUGGUCACACCUGAAACAUCAAAGACUUUAGGGGCUAACUCAAAUGCACUCUGUAUUUUUAACAACAUCCCUUCUGGUUCACCCAGAGGAGAGUAUUCAGGGGGAAGGUUUUCCUUUUGUAAAUAGCCAUUUCAUCCAUAGCUCUAAGAAAGUGAAGCUCAAAUUAACCAGCAAUAAUUUGUAUAAGGGAAGCAAGAAGAGUGCUCCUGGGGUCAUGUCCAGAAUUAUGCAGCAAACUAGCCAUGGGCCUUGCCAAAAAUGGGUCAGAUUCUCGAGCGCCUUGCAACAAGGAGAGUUUGUUCAGGCUGUUCUAAGGAACCCCCAAGAAAUCCACAUGGCUCCCAGCAUAUUUUUCGUUUUUAAAUUGAAGUUCAUGAACAUCACGAAGGACUAUGAGAAAGGCAAGUCUUAAUUUAUGUAGAGGACUGGAAAGAGAAUGAUUAAAAUAAAAAAUAAACCAAGAGCAACAACCAAAUUAAUGAUAAAUGUCCAAAAAUGUUUUAUAGUUAAAAAGGUAAUUGAAUUAAAAAAAAAUCAUUUCCCAAAUCAUACAUUACUUGAAAACAGGAGAGAAAAUCUCUAGCUUAUUGUACCUAUUUUAAUGUUUCCUUGAAUCCCAUAUCAACAGAAGAUAGGGAAGAUUUAUACAUUACUUGAGAAAAUACUUCCUUAGUCCUCAAGGGAGCUGAAGGUGCUGGGGCAGUUCUAAAAAUAUUAACAGUAGUUGGACUCACCAAGAUAAGAUACAUACAUAAUGGAGUAUUUUCUCUGAAUUUGUCAAAUGCUAGUGGAUUCACAUUGUUAAUGUGAUU